CAACGAAAGGUGGUCCCUGUUUUUGAUACUGUAAGACGCCGACACUGGAUGAAAAUAGUAUUAUUUUUGGGUCCCAAUCUAAAGAUAACUCUGACGAGGUUACUUUACAGUAUAUAGGUUUUAUUUUGUCAGGAUUAACCGUUUUGACGACCACUGACGCUGUGAGGGACAACGGCUUGGCACGGUUUACGGCACGUGAUAUUGACUGACUGUUUGCAUUCGAAGUAGCAUCCCACUUUGUUCACAUUGACCUGCUGGGAAGACUGAACCAUCUUUACAUUACACUUUCGCCUGCUGUUUCUCGUGGCUGUUUGAGAAGCCAAAGACGAAGCCAGAUAGAUCGGGUGCCAACUUCUAAACACUUCUGUUUUGAAAUCCAUUGUCUACGUCGUAUCUUCACAACCAAUCGACAGAACUUCCCUUGUUGGGAGACAUACCAGGCUUUGGUCCCUGUCUUACAAAUCUGAGUGUGGUCCAGACGAAACACCCAGAUGACAAUAAGCAACGAUUGAAAUGGAGUCUAUUUUCAAAAACUUCCGAGAGGCCCACAUUGCUGGUAACGGAUACCAGCUGUCUGAUACCCUCCUACCAAUUUCACACUCUGAAGAACCCGGGCGCUUGCAUAGUUUCUUCAACAGCACCAAUGCCGCGAAUGUCAAAAGUGACAUCCAAUACAAUGUGUUGUAUGAUAGACAGUCUACUCUCAGACUUUCCACCGAGGAAGGAAAGGCAUGGGUCGAUGUCUAUACUGGUUAUUGGACAGCUGUUGGUGAGAUCAUAAAGGCUGAAGAUGCCCAGAAAACCAAUUCACCGGUCAACUGGGUCGCUGUCUAUGAGACUUGGAAGGAGAUGACGAACGCGAUCAUUCGUGGAUAUAGUACCGGAUGUUUUGAAGCAUGGACAAUUCCGUGCCUCUACAUCAGUGGAAAAUACUUGCGGAUAUUUGCCAUAAAAGCCGAUGCUGCAGGCGGUAACACGGACAAGGCCAUGGACUUCCAAGACGACUUCAAUCCAGAUACCGGAAAGAACGAAAAACUCGAGGAUGCGGCUCGAGUCUUGAAUCGGAUGUUCCAGUUAUGCGUUAGCGAUAGGGCCCCUCUCGAAGAUUCACGCAAAUGGGGCAUCUAUAAUAUCGUCAACCUUCUGUUUAAGACCUACUUUAAACUUAACUCCGUGGCAUUGUCUAAGAACAUCAUCAGAGCCCUCCAGGCUUCCCGAGGUGAUAUACCGGAUGUCGAGUCUUUCCCGAAAUCCCAUCAAGUAACGUUUAAGUAUUACAUGGGCGUCAUUCAGUUUCUAGAAGAAGACUACAAACAGGCAGAAGCUUUUCUGACACAAGCGUGGGAAUUGUGCCACAAGCAAUCCACCCGGAACAAGGAACUCAUUUUGACAUAUCUUAUACCUUGCCACCUUCUUACUACGCACACCCUCCCAAGCGAAACACUGCUCGCCCCUUACCCACGCCUCCAAGAACUAUUUUUACCGCUUUCUCGAUGCAUUAAGCGUGGCGACUUGACCGGGUUUGAUAAUGCGCUUGCAGCAGGGGAAGACGAGUUUGUCAAGCGUCGUAUAUACCUAACUCUCGAACGAGGCAGGGAUAUUGCACUGCGAAACCUCUUGCGGAAGGUAUUCGUUGCGGGUGGGUUUGAAGAACCCAACGACAAAAGCUCUGUCCCAGUGAGGCGGACUCGUGUUACUGUCGCAGAAUUCAGCGCAGCGAUCAGUAUCGGAAACAAAGAGAAGCUAGAUGACGAUGAAGUCGAAUGUUUACUGGCAAAUAUUAUAUACAAGAACCUUAUGAAAGGAUAUAUCGCCCGAGAGCGCGGAAUCGUCGUUUUGAGCAAAGGCGGCGCGUUCCCAGGGACGGGCAUAUGAAGUGGCUACAAAGAAUUGGUCGCGAGAGACAGAAAGGAGAAAUGGGCGAUAUCCUUAUCGCCAAACGUUGUCCGCGGGAUAGAACUGGAUUGGUUCUACUUAUGGACUUCUGAAAUAAACCCAAGGUCUGCUGGCACGUGUGCCAAUAACUAAAUUUGCUACCGACGAAUGCCAUCGGAAUGGGAUUAGCUGCUUUGUAUACUGGGAUACUGGCACGGCUGCAGAUUAUGAUGGUCAAUAAUGCAUUAAGCAGGUAUCAUAUGGUGUUGCUUGGUUAUCUCCGGGGUGAGUGUUAAUGGCUAAAACAUGCAUCCCAUAAACAUAUUAGGCCAUAGAUUGCAAGGGAU